ACACAUAUACGCAGCAUUAAGAUAAAAGUUAAGUUAAACAAACAACAGUUCAGUGUUUAAAACAUAAGAGCACUGGAAGCAUUAAUAUUUUACAGAAACUCAAGAACAUAAAUAGGACACGAGUCUGCAAAAGACCAUUAACCAGGAAUCGCUGAGGAGAAUGACUCGGAAAAUGAUUUGUCUUUUCUCUUUUGUGGCUCUGCUGUCUUUUGUUGAGCUUGGGCUGCCUGUUAAGCCAGCUGAAUUUGAAACGUAUCCCGUGAAGUUGAGCAUCAUUAAUGAGCUCACUAAUGAUAAAGCCUCAUUCACCAGCUCUGUGACAGAAGGAGGGGUGCUGUUUGGGGUUUUAAAUAACCUAAAUGGUUCCAAUGGAUUUAGUUACAGCUAUUCUGUAAACAAUAACUUUGGAUUAUAUCUGGAGAGUGUAAAUGGAGUGGCUGGAUCUGACAAUGACCACACAUACUGGGAGCUUCUGACUGAGAGUGAAGGACGCUUAACCCGACUGGAGACUGGAAUCGGCUGCUAUCAACCCAAGAAAGAUGAGCAUAUUAUCCUGAGGUUCACCAAGUGGAAUUAAAUAUAGAUUUGUUAUUUAUGUUCUCUGGUUACAUACAAUACCACUCUUAUUCAGUUAAAGAUAUAAAUCAGUAUCUUGAUCAAGUCAUGUAAUUAAUCUUAAGAUUAAGUAAAAGAAUCAUCAACUCAUCAUUUCAUUGUGUCUGAUAAAAUACUCUACUGAAGGUCUAAAUUACUGAAGAAACUGAAAAACCUCCCUGUUCUUUAAACAAUCCUGACUCCAAACAAAUAAUGUACAGUACUAGUAGAGUUUUAUCAAUGCAUUCAGAAGUCCCUCUUCUAAACAGGAGCUAAUUCAAUGUGUGUUGCAAGAUUAAGGGGCAGUUUCCCGGACAGGGUUUAGAUUAAUCCAGGACUAGGCCUUAGUUAUAUUAGGACAUUUAAAGGCGCGGCGAACGAUCUCUGAAAGCCAAUGUUGACAUUUGAAAUCACCUAAACAAACACACCCCUAGCACAAUAGAAUCUGGAACUUCUUUUGAUAGACCCGCCCCACACAUACGCAACCCAGGCAAAGAUGUUGGUUAAUAGACACGCCCAUUACUGCUGAUUGGCUACAAGUGUGUUUUGGUACUCGGCCCAACUCCCUUUUCCAAAGAAUUCUUAAAAAUCGUGCACACCGCCUUUAAGUAGUUUUUACAAAAAACGUUACAAAAAACAAUACUGGUGUGAAUCUUGAAGAUACGUCAGUGCAAGAUGUUUUAAAUUAAGGCAGCUCAAACAUGUAUUUUGAUCUGGGACUAGGAUAAGCCCUGUCUGGGAAACCGAACCAAACAGAUCAGAAAAGAACAACAACUCAUAACACCUUGGUUUUAAUAGACAAUAAUUAUCAUAAAGGUCUCUAAAUGUCUUUAUCUUCAGUAUGAGAAGUUCUGUCAAGGUUUUCAGUCAAGUUUCUCUCUUUACAUUUAUUAAAGAACUGCUCUGAAGUUCAUUCCAUAACUUACUUAAUGAUUUCAAAUAAAAUGAUUUAGAAAAUAA